ACCGAGUCCGACUACUAACGUUGAUUUCCUUGUGAAACUUCUCGUCUCCCUCUUCUCUCCGCGUUCACACGCUUCCUUUUCUUAACUUAAUAUGCAUAUCUAUAUAUACAUGGAUUUCUCAAUUUCAUCACUUCAAAUUCUACUUACAAAUAUUACUUACAAGCUUCGAUACAAAUCAUCGUCUACUUGUGCAAUCUUAUGGAAAUUGGUUCUCAUCCUUUUCUCAGCCAAGACGAGUUUUCUAAUUUAUUUGGCUUCUUCCAAGAGUUUGAGGGUUUUGAAAUGGACAGCUUCAACAGCAAGAAGAGGCAGAAGGGUGGGGAGUUUGAAGGUUUUGAGGGAUACCCAGGUCAGGGUUUCGUCGGGUCUUUGGAUUUUGGUGGUGAGCGAGCCGGGUCGGGUGGCGAGAUUUUCGGGGUCGGGUCGGGUCAGGAGCAGGUGUUGAAGAAAGUGGGAGAUUCGGUGACCCUUUUCGAUGAUCAGUACGGGGGUGUGAGUAGGACUGGGGAAUUAAGGGUGAAAAGGGCUCGUCAAGAAGGGGAUGGUGGUGUUGGUGGCAAUGGUGUUCAGGGGAGUGGUGGGCAGCAGCAGCAGAGGAGGUUGUGGGUGAAGGACAGGUCAAAAGCUUGGUGGGAUUUGUGUAGUAGUCCGGAGUUUCCGGAGGAGGAGUUUAAGAAAGCUUUUAGGAUGAGUAAAGCUACAUUUGAUAUGAUAUGUGAGGAGCUUGAUUCUGCAGUGACAAAGAAGGAUACAAUGUUGCGGUUAGCGAUUCCGGUUCGCCAAAGGGUUGCUGUUUGUAUUUGGAGGUUGGCUACUGGUGAGCCAUUGAGGCUUGUUUCAAAGAGAUUUGGAUUAGGGAUUUCGACUUGUCAUAAACUAGUGCUUGAAGUUUGUGCUGCAAUAAGGAAUGUUUUGAUGCCUAAGUAUCUGCAAUGGCCUAAUGAGAAUAAGAUGAGUGAGAUCAAGAAUGAGUUUAGAGGAAUUUCUGGGAUUCCUAAUGUGGGUGGAUCAAUGUACACUACUCAUAUUCCGAUCAUUGCGCCAAAAAAUAGUGUUGCAGCUUAUUUCAACAAGAGGCAUACGGAGAGGAAUCAGAAGACGUCUUACUCGAUUACAGUUCAAGGGGUUGUUGAUCCUAAAGGGGUUUUUAGUGAUGUUUGUAUUGGAUGGCCUGGUUCGAUGUCUGAUGAUCAAGUCUUGGAAAAAUCGGCACUUUUCCAAAGAGCCAAUAAAGGGCUUUUGAAGGAUGUUUGGGUUGUGGGGAAUGCUGGUUACCCUUUGAUGGAUUGGGUUUUGGUUCCUUAUAGUCAUCAGAACUUAACUUGGGCUCAACAUUCGUUCAACGAGAAGAUCGAAGAGAAUCAGAAGGUGGCGAAAGAUGCAUUUAUGAGGCUAAAAGCUAGGUGGACUUGUUUGCAAAAAAGAACAGAAGUGAAGCUUCAAGAUUUGCCGGUCUUGCUUGGAGCUGCUUGUGUUUUGCAUAAUAUCUGUGAGAUGAACAAUGAGACUUUGGAACCUGAGUUGGAAUUUGAUCUUUUUGAUGACGAAAUGGUGGUGGAGAAUAGCGUAAGAUCAGUGAGUUCAAUGCAAGCUAGAGAUCACAUUGCUCAUAAUCUUUUGCACCAUAAUAUUGGCGGCUCUACAUUUCUAUAGUUUGAAGGUUUUUCGAUUCUUUCGAUUAAAGUUGUAUACCUUAGAUGAUUCUUUUCUCCAUGGCUCUUUUUGCUAGCUAUGUGAAGUAUAAUGUUAUUCUUAUUGUUUAUAAAUUCAUAUACAUUUACAGAUACUAUAUAUAGAGUAAGUUUUAUCUUGCA